AUGUGCGACAUCGACGAUACCAAUCUACCUCUUGUGGCCAAUUCUGAUGAGACGGCCCCACGUCAAAUCUCCUUGGGAAGUGGCGAAAUUUCCGGGAAAGAGGUCGAAAACGAGGGGGCGCUGUUUAUACCGCUUGCCUGGUCUCGAUUGCAACAAGGCGAGCUAUACACCACAUCAGAUCCAGAGUGGCAAGAAUUUGUGAAGUUAUCCAAGGAUCGGAAGAAGCUUCAGAAGCUUAGGGAUGAACUCGCCACAAUUGUGCUAGAUAAUGCGGGAACACAGAUGUCACAGAUACUUGGGGAGCCUCUUUCUCUUACGGGAUUCUGGCUUGUUCAUCAAUUCCCGAACCGCGCCCCCCCUGGAUAUGUGCGAUCGGGGGUAGAGAUUAAAAACGACAGCAUAUCAUGGGUCGCAAAGCCGAUGGACCCCGAGAUAGGUGACAGGUUACAGACCUUCAUGAAACCAGUUCAUGUUGCGUUGGCAAUCAGAGACGCGUAUCUGGUACUACUACUAAGGCAAUUGAAUCGUUUCAGAAAACCUACUGGGGAGCCAUUGGAUGCAAUCGAUUUAUUGAAAGAUUCCUCUUCUGCGCCUGGUGACCAGAGGAGGAACUGGAUUGACCGAAAAGAUCAAUCUGAGCUGCAACCACCCCUAACCGACGGACUCAAAGAAAACAUGCCGCCUAAUACUGAGAAUUCCAACUACCACCCAUCCUCCCUCAUAUCCUUACUACAGCGGUUACCACUUCCUGACCUCGGCCCGGGUUCGGAUCUGCACUUGGCAUCACAGGCAUUCAAAUUACGAUUGAACCACGAACGGGCCCAGACACUAGGGUCUGCUCGCCGCGGAGCUUUCUUUAUCGCGGGUCCAGUUGGGUUGAAGGGACCUAAUGGGUUUUGUCGAUUUGAGGUGAGAGGCGAGUAUGAUCCAGCCAAACGCGAAUGGAGAACGGUGGAAAUGACGCUCAAGGAUCUAAACAUGAGGAGACAAAAGGCUUUGGGAAAUUGA